GUCCGCAGUUACUCCCAUCGUGUCCGGGGAGUACAGUCACCACCGGGACAGAGCGGCGAUGGCAUCCCGGGUUUCCUUCACCCAGAUCCGGCUGGAAGCGGAGCUGGAGCGCUACCGGGCCGAGUGCCAGUGGGACAAGAUGCCGGCGAUCAUCGACCAGAUGCACGCUGCGCGGUUCCACGAGGACGAUGACUACGGGCCGCUGCUGAUGGCCGAGGUGCUGCUGGAGGAGUGCCUGCAGGAAAACAUGGACCUGUUACGGAGCUCCACGCCUUUGACGGACAAGACCCAGGCCAAACUGUGCCGGGCCAAAAGCCACCUCAACACUAUCCUCAGCCGAGGCCGUCUCACACCCAGGUACCUGAACGAGGCUCUGCUGCUGAUGGCCAAGGUGCACUAUGUGCAGGGUCGCUACCGGGACGCCCAGGGAAUGUGUGCCAGGGUGGGACUGGAGGAGCUGACCAAGGAUUUCCAGCCGACCUACCACCUCCGCCUCCUGGCUGAGGCGUUUGUCAUUAAAGGUCUGUCCCUGGACCACCAGAUAGUCUCUGCGGUGUCUCGUGUCCGUCUGUCCGAGAGGGAGGAGGAGAGUCUGUCCUGUUUCCUCAGGGCCUGUGACGCCGCUCUGUCCUACCUGCAGGAGCUCGAUAAGACAGUAACAACACCUCACACCAAGACAGCCAAAGCCAGUCUGCUUCCUCCACCCGUGGACAUCGAGCUGGGCUACUUCCUCCAGGCUGCGUUACAGAGUGGUUACCUUUGUCUGCUGCAGAGGGGUCAUCUUGCGCAGGGUGCUCACCAACUGCGUAGGGUGCUCCGGGUGGUGGAGUCACGAGGGUCUCAGAGCUUCAGGAAGUCUGCAGCGAGGAAGCUAGCAGAGGUGCUGCUGAGCUCUGUGAGUGAAGACAGCUACUGGCCCCCGCUGGGCCCCCCACCCUCAGCCUGGCUCCACAGAGAGGGAGCCGCCGCCUCCAAAGACGCCAUCUACCCCACUGUUAAACCGCCGCAACGUUACAGCACUGACUGUUGCUUCUGUCCUCAGGACGUGGUGGAGGAGGCUGUCUUGCUGCUGCUCAUCACAGAAACAAUGGCCAGCGGCGAGGCGGUGAUCAGUCGUCUGCCGGACCAGGCCGAAGCUCGUCAGGCCAGCCUGCAGGACGCCACCUCCGUCUACGACCUGCUCACCAUCGGCAUGGCCAGGAGGGGGCAGUAUGCAAUGCUUUCUGAGUGUCUGGAGCGAGCCAUGAAGUUCUCAUUCAACGAGUUCCACCUCUGGCACCAGCUGGGCCUGUCACUCAUGGCGGCCGGGAAGGGAGUUGGUGCCGUGUCUGUAUUUAAAGAGUGUGCCAGGAUGAGACCAGAAGACCCCUCAUUGCCCCUAUUGGCUGCUAAAGUCUGCAUUGGUCAACUGCACUGGGGCCGCCUGCUGGUGAAAACAGGGCGUGUCCACCUCGGGGAGAAGGUCCUGCGUGAUGCAGUUCAGGUCCACAGCACCUCGCACGAGGCGUGGAGCGGCCUGGGCGAGGCCCUGCAGUCUCGGGGGUCCAGCCAGGCCCCGGACUGCUUCUUGACAGCCCUGGAGCUGGAGGCUUCCUGCCCCAUCCGGCCCUUCACCAUCAUCCCCAGGGAGCUUUGAUGGGGCCUUGGGGUGGGGGUGGUCAGGUUUAAGGAAUCGACUACACUGAUGCAGAUACAAUAAGAAAGCAGUGCUGGGUGGAAUGAUGUUCCUUAAAGGUGCAGUCAGAGAUCCUAAUCCAAACUACUUCGGCUACUUUGCCCUGGAAAGGGUUUCCUUUGGGAGCGAGUGGGAUGGUAAAUCUGACACAUGCUAACCUGCUGAACUCCGAAACAUGGUUGGUUCAAAUAUCAACGUAUUUCUCCAGAAUCAUGACUGCACCUGAAAAUGUUUAAUUUGACAUUUGGGAAAACUUUUCCCCAAAUUUUUGGGGAAAAUUUGGGAAAAUCACGCUGUUCCCUUUCCUGCUAACAGCGUAAUCAGAUCAAUACCACUAAUUUCUAAAUAUGAAGCUACAGCCAGGAGCUCCUUUAGUCACAUAACCCCCUUUAAAACCUCUUAGUGAACUGAAGAGGUUACAGUAGGAAGGAUAGAACCAGGCUAGCUGUUCCCCCCUGUUCCCAGUCUUUAUGCUAAGCUAAGCUAACCAAUUCCUGGAUGUAGCAUCAUAUUUAACGAACAGAUAUGAAUGUGUCUUCCCAUCUAACCUUCAGCAAGAAAGCAAAUGAGUCUCUAAAUCUGAGGUAUAUUUUCAAUAACAAUGCAUGUACAAAUAUUUUUUUCACUCUCAGUGACUUUCUGUCAAUUAUCUCAAAUGUAUAAUUGUCCCCAAAUAUUAUAUAUGAUUGUUCUUAGCAACCAGUCUUAAUAAGGAAGUUAAUUAUUAGAUGAAUAAUUGCAGAAA